ACUCUCUUUCCUUACUGUUCAUUGGCUGAUGACAUUGGUCCCUCCCUCUAUUCUCUUUUUAUUUUUUUCCUUUAAAUUGUAGGAAAAUAAUCUUUUCACCUCAUCUUGGAUAUCUUGCAUCAUCCACUCUAAUCCUCUGUGGAAGAUUCAAAGUUGUAUUCAGAUAAAGAAAAGGAUAUUCUGACCCUACAGCAUCAAUGCUUUGUUACCAACUAUGUUGUUUAUUUACCCUACCACUUCUCAUGAUGUCCGACCAGCAGACCCUGUCUUACAAGUCUCUUGUGAAAAACCUAACGGACCUGGACCUGCAAAGCUCCAGUGUCCCCUGUGACCUGGAGCUGACAGGAGAAAAUGCCUUUCCUGUAUUGAUGAACAGUGAGGGUCAUGUCCUCAUGGCUGCUUCUCUGUACGGCCAAGGACGAAUUGUGGUUCUGGGCCAUGAGCAGUACCUGACUCUGUGUCCUGCUCUGGUAGAAAAUGCUCUGAUCUGGCUGGGAGGAGGGAAAUCUGAAAACUUGUCUGUGGGGGUGCACGAAAAACUAAAAGCAGUCUCUGAUAACCUCAAUAAAUCCAACUUCCAAGUCAGUCUUGUUGAGGGUUUCAGUGAAAAUCUAGGAGUUAAUGUGUUUGUAUCAGAUGCCUAUGAAGUUGGAGCAAGUGCAGGAGAUCUGGUAGCCUUCAUGAAAGCAGGAGGAGGGAUCCUGAUAGGGGGACAAGCAUGGAACUGGACUGCACAAAACCCCAACGAAAACCUAAUCCUUCAGUUUCCAGGGAAUAAAGUGUCAGGGGUGGCAGGGAUCUACUUUUCUGCACAAUAUGCAAAAGGAGAAAACCUGCCCAUCAGCCCUGAAAUCCCAAACUCUUGGAAAUCCUUACACAACAAGAUGAGUAUCAAAAAAGAUCUGGAGUUUUUGCUGAAAAGGAUUUCAGAGUUUGACACUCAGGGAAGUUCCAUCCCCUCUGAGGCUCUGAUCCACGGCCCGCUUGCUUUUCCAAUUGGUGCCACAUAUGAUGGACAAGUGUUCUUGGCAGGAACCUACUAUGGAAGAGGACGGGUCAUACUGACGACACAUGAAUCUUUCCUAGAAUAUGAGCAACUGGAGCCAUUUUGGAAAAAUGCAUUUCAGUGGUUGGACCAGGGCAGAAAGGGAGUCAUAGGAUUUGGCGAAUGUACCAAAAUGUUACCUGACUUUGAGUUUAGGAGUGAGAAGACAACAUUCAAGCAAGACCUGAGUGUUUAUGUGUGCACAAUAUGGAAUGAAGAAGAUCCUGAGAAAAUCCAAAACUUUGUGGCAGAAGGAGGAGGUCUUGUGGUUGUUGGACAAGCCUGGUCCUGGGCAAACACAAACCCGACACAAAACCCAUUGCAAGACUUACCAGGAAACAAAAUCCUAAACAAAAUGGGCUUAAGUGUAUUGAAGAGCAUAGCUAGGAGAGGAAUCUAUCCAACUCCUGACCCAAGCCAGGCCAACCAAUUCCACAUCAGUCAUCUUCUGCAUCGUUUGGCUUCUCAUGCAAUUGACGGCACAGAACUUACCAAGCAAGAUGAGGAGAACUUUGAGCAAAUGAGAACAAAGUUCUCCCUUUUCUUGAGCAUGAAAGCUUACGACAGCUCCUUCUACACACAGACUCUGUCCAAGGUCACCGACAUCAUAAGAAUUUGCAAGCCCAUGGUGAGCAAGGAGAAUCCUUUGAAGAGUCCCAAGGACCUUGUAUUGAUAAAUCUAGCAGCUGAUUUGUAUGAAUACUCCUUAAACAGAGAAGCUGUCCUGAGCUAUGUCAUCCAGAAUGUAACCAAACUGCCUGUUGUCAACAACCAAACAGUCAAGAUUAACGUCAAGACAGAAGAAAAUGAAGAGUGGGUCAGUACAGGUCUGUACCUCUCUCCUGGCAUGGAGACCUGGAUCACCUUACCACUGAAGUUUGUUAAUGAACAAUGGAAGAUCCAGAUUGGCAGCCAGAAGGACCAUCUUUAUGACAAAGAUGAGUACUACAGAGCACCGAUUGUCAUUAAGACAUUCCCUGUUACAUCAGAAAGGAUGCAGGUGUGGAACAUGUGGGGAGGACUCAUCUACCUGCUGGCUCCACCCAACAUAAUAGCAAAUGAAGAAGAAAUUGUCGUGGAGGUGGCUGUGUCUGCUCCUUAUUACAAGACUGGUGUGACAAAAGCAGAAGACUGGUCUUUAAUACGUGAAGCUCCUGCACCCUGGGCAGAGUUUGAGUUUGACAAUAUCAUCCUCACUUUGCCAUCAAAUAAUAUUCGAAAUCUGGAUUUUCCUCUGGAGAUGGAAAAAAUAUGGAAUGACAUCAUGAAGGGUAUUGCAGAUUUGUCUUCCAUCCAUUUCAUUAGAAAAGAACGAAUAGUGGCUGAUGUGCAACUUUCUAGGGGUUGGAUGCAUGCAGGGUAUCCUGUUAUGGUACACUUAUCUUCAGCACCAAGACUGUCCAAUGUAGAAUAUAUCAGGACCACAGGUUUGUGGGGAGAGAUUCAUGAACUGGGACACAACCAGCAGAGAAGUCGUUCAGAGUUUUCUCCUCACACCACAGAGGCUACAUGUAAUCUGUGGUCCCUGUAUGUGAAUGAAGAGGUUCUUGGAGUCGACAGGGCAAAGGCCAAUGGUGUGACUCCAGAAUUUCGGGAGGGAGUUAUAAAAGACUACAUACAGGGAGGCAGGAACUUCUCUGACUGGUAUAAAUGGACCGCCCUUGAGACGUACAUGCAGCUACAAGAUAAGUUUGGUUGGGAUGCCUUUAAGCAGGUGAUUGCUGUCUACCACAAGAUGAGCAACUUUCCCACUGACAACACAGGAAAGAUGAAUCUGUACGCUGAGACUUUCUCUCAGGCUGUCAACAUGGAUCUGACUGGAUUCUUCAAAGUCUGGGGAUGGCCCAUUGAUGCAACUACUGAGGAGAAACUGUCGAGCCUGCCUCCCUGGUCUGAUCACCCCAUGGUCCAGUAUGAUAUACCAUCAGACAGCUAUGGAUUAAAGAACACCAAUAUACUUUAGUUACAACUGCUUUCAUCAAUUAAACUAUGUACAUUUUUGGAAAUCCA